AUGCCUUCCUUAAGUGCAACACUUUUGGCUUUGGCCGCCUCAGCACAGGCAGUCCUAGGCCAUGGCCACGUUCGAAGAGUAAUUGUCGACGGUGUAACUUAUCCGGGUUAUGAGCGUUGGUCAACCGAAGAUCAAAGUCAAGCUGUCACAUGGCAAUUCACGACGGAAGACGAGGGACCAGUUCCGGUAACAUCACUCAGCGGCCCCGAUAUCAUCUGCCAUCUUGGAGCGACAAAUGCUCAGGCCUCGAUCCCAGUGGCUGCCGGUUCUCAACUGCAUGUCGUGCGUUUUAAUACGAUAGGCGGUUUCGAGCACCCUGGUCCCGAGAUGCACUAUCUCGCUCCGUGCGGUGAUGCUGGUUGCGCCAAUGUCGACAAGAACAACCUUCGAUUCUUCAAGUUCUUUGAGAACGGUCUCGUUAAGGGCGGUAUGGCAGAUAGCCCUCAGUGGGAAACCCAGAAGUGGGCUACUACCGAAGUCCACAAGAUCGUUCAGCCGGAGGGAGAAGGGUUUGUUGACACAUUUACGGUCACGAUUCCCGCGAACAUCCGGCCUGGCCCUUACGUCCUCCGACAUGAGGUUCUUGGAUUGCACAAGGCCCAUGAAGGUCAAGCAGAGUUUUACCCCCAGUGCAUCAACCUCGAGAUCUCAGGCUCUGGUGACCAGCAACCGGAGGGUAUGCCUGCUACUGAAAUGUAUCACAGCAGCGACCCUGGUGUUGCUCUGAAUAUCUGGGUCGAUCUUGAGUCAUAUCAAAUUCCCGGACCGGCGGUCUCUAACCUCUCCUUCAAGAGAGAUACCAAGGCACGCGCUGCCAAGCGUCACCCCCGAGACCUGAAGCACUAA